GCUCUGCUUCACGCACCUGGUCUCAAUGAACAAUCAGGUCUAUUUAUUUUGAGCCCUUGCUGCUAGUUUUGGUCGGGACUUCCUAUCUUGUGGGCGAUUUUCCUGCGGCACGUGUUGCACAGUUCCCUGAAAAGCUGAAGAGGUGCACAGAAAUGCAGUCUCACAACACUUCGUCCAGUCAGCACAAGUCGAGGCCGAACACUGCAACCUACUUUUCCAGGUACGUGGGAUUGCUGCUAAAAAUGCAUCAUCAACAGCGGAUGGCAGCUUUGGGCUCGGACAAGGAACUCAGCGACUUGCUGGAUUUUAGCGCGAUGCGAAACAGCGAUAUGAAAAUGUUCCCAUCAUCCAUGAUGUUUUCCCCUCCUGCUAGCAGUGGAAAGAAUGGAGCAACCUCCCUGGGGAGCGGACAUUUCGCCGGCUCAAACAUGGAGGAGAGAAGGAGUGCAGGCUCAUGGGCGAGUGGCAGCCGCUCUUCCAAGAACUAUGCAGAAGGAUCUCAUUACAUGGCGUCACAUGACAGCAUCUCGCCGCCGUACCCAAAUUCCAGGCUAACAGGUAAAACAGAAAGGAGUUCCUACUCAUACGGCCGAGAGUCCAACCAACACUGCCACCAGUCUAUGUUGGGCGGUGAGAUGGCUUUGGGGAGUCCCGGUGCCACGUCGCCCACCAAGCCGGCGGGUCAGUACUACCAACAUUACAGCAGCAACCCACGGAGGAGACCGCUGCACAUGGACUCUAUGGAAAUUCACCCCAGGAAAGUGCGGAAGGUCCCCCCAGGCUUGCCGUCCUCGGUGUACGCUCCAUCGGCCAGCACAGCCGACUACAACAGAGAUUCACCGGGAUACCCCAACUCCAAACCUGGUUUCCCAAGUUCAUUCUUUAUGCCAGACGGCCACCACAGCGGCGACCCCUGGAGCAGCAGUAGCAGCAAUAUCAGCCAACAGGGUUAUCACGGCAGCAUGUUGGGAGGGGGAAACUCGGCACACGGCCCGACACAGAGCUCUUCGUACUGUGGGAUUCACCCUCACGACAGACUGAGCUAUCCAGCACAUUCAUCAGCAGACAUCAACUCCAGCCUUCCCCCCAUGUCCAGCUUCCACAGAGGAGGGGGGAGCGGGGGCGGGGCCAAUCACUACAGCACCACCUCAUGCACCACUUCCACCAACGGCACAGACAACAUGGCUAACCGAGCACAGAGUGGAGCAGCCAGCAGCUCUCAGACAGGAGACGCCUUAGGGAAAGCACUUGCGUCGAUCUACUCUCCAGACCACACAAACAACAGCUACUCGUCCAAUCCCUCCACCCCGGUCGGCUCCCCGCCCACACUCACAGCUGCCAGUUCAGCUGCCUGGUCCAGGAAUGGCGGACAGGGAGCGUCGUCACCAAACUAUGAAGCUCCACUACACUCGCUGCAGAGUCGCAUCGAGGACCGCUUGGAGCGCUUGGACGACGCCAUCCACGUACUACGAAGCCAUGCUGUGGGACCAUCAACUGGCAUGACCAGUGGGCACAGUGACAUGCACGGCCUCAUCGGGGCGACACAUACGCACAAUGGCUCCAUGGGUUCUCUGGGAAGUGGCUAUGGAAGUGGACUGCUAUCGGGCAACAGACACUCCCUCAUGGUGGGCUCUCACAGAGAAGACGGUGGUAUGGGCACUUUACGUGGCGGACAUUCCAUGGCGGCGGGGCCUCAGCUUCCUGCACAGUCAGCCACCUCGCCAGACCUCAACCAACCGGACCCGUAUCGAGCUCUGUCUGGAGGUCUUCAAGGCCAGAGCACCUCCUCCGUCAGCUCGGAGAUCAAAUCGGAGGAUGAGGGCGACGAGAACCUCCUGCAGGACUCAAAGCCUUUGGACCCCAAGAAGGAAGACCUCGACUGCAAGGAUCUCAAAGGAAUUGAUAGGUCAAGAUCUAGCAACAACGAUGAUGAGGAUCUGUCCCCGGAGCAAAAGAUGGAGAGGGAGAGGGAACGGAGGAUGGCCAACAAUGCGCGAGAACGCCUGCGAGUACGCGACAUCAACGAGGCAUUCAAGGAACUGGGCAGGAUGGUCCAGCUACACCUAAAGAGCGACAAACCGCAAACCAAGUUACUAAUUCUUCACCAAGCGGUGGCAGUCAUCCUCAGUCUGGAGCAACAAGUCCGAGAGAGAAACUUAAACCCAAAGGCAGCCUGCCUGAAACGCCGUGAGGAGGAGAAGGUCACUGUGUCGUCGGACGGGAACCCCCUCUCACUGGCUGCUGCACACCACGCAGCCAUGGGCGACGGGUCCAACCCAUUGGGACAAAUGUAAAAAGCAGCAACAUCCUCCCCUCCCCAUUAAUGGUCCAAGGUGCCAGAGUUCAUCAAGAUGAUGAGUGACCACUUCCUCUGACAGCGUUCCGUUGACAUCCCAGCAAUCAAUCAGUGUUGCUUCAGCCAGACCAAUCAAGAAAUAUUGUUUGACCAAUCAGCUCCGCCAUCGUAUCUCUUCUCGUACGUCUCUCUCACCCUCUUCAUUUUUGUUCCCUUCUUCGAGAAAACAAACUGCCAACCAUUUCCAGCUUGAAUGAACUUUGUGGAGACGUUCAAUGGCCGAAGUGUCGUUUUUGGGAGAUUUUGUCAGGAAGCAAUGGGAUAAAACUAUGGAAUCGCCAAUCAUUCAAGAAAGAAUCAACGUACACGACGACAAGCAUUCCCUGUUUUAAAGGACAUCGGGCUUCUAUAUAAGGUAUAUGUAGUACUGUAUAUGUAUAUUAAGAGAAGAAAAAUGACACGCAUAGCAUACGGGGGACACAACAAAACAUAUCAAGUAUUAAAACAAGAUUUUUUUAGAGCGACAUUGUGCAACCUCAGCAUGUCUCUGACUUAACGGCAAUCUAAUGCCCCACUGUGGAUGAAACUGUGCCUGACAUCCUCAAGGAUGCAAAACAGUCAGACGAAUACACAAGGACAAACAACUCGUAGAUUCCCCUCCGGGCCACAAGCCUUUUAGCAAGGCGAAUCACAAAGGUCAACAAUGCAAUGUGUUAUUGGCCCUCUCAUUUAUGUUUAUAGAUCACAAAAUACCAUCUGUACUUUGCAAAUAGACUGCAAAAUUGUACAACUGAAAACUUUGGAGGGCUAACACAAACAUAUCGUUAACAUUACCAGGAAUUGAUUAACGUGGACCCCGACUUAAACAAGUUGAAAAACUUAUUCCGGUGUUACCAUUUAGUGGUCAAUUGUACGGAAUAUGUACUGUAUUGUGCAAUCUACGAAUAUAAGUCUCAAUCAAUCAAUCGAACAGUUCAACCUAAUUGGUCUGCGUAGAUCAGGGGUGUCAAAUGUGAUACGGGAUGAGUUUGCUAAGUAUAAAAAUGAGCCGAAAUUUUCGAAAAGAAAGAACCCGCUGUUCUAAAUGUGUCCACCAGAUGUUGCAAUAGCAAUUCUUUGUAUCUUUGUAGAUGAUGCUACAUAUGUAAAAGAAAAUAACCACAUGAUGUUAGUGCACCAGUUGACGAAAAUGAGCAAACUGCAUAAACAACAUCCUGUGAUUUUAUUUUGAUAUUUUUUGAUGAAUUGAAAAUGAACACCAUUGACUGAUGAACAUUAUCACAUAAUUUAUUCCAAAAAAGUAUAAAUAAUGACAAAUACAGAUAGAAUACUAUUAACCGCAACAUUUAAGUGUAAAAACCCAACAACAUUAUGAAAUGUACAUUUUCAGAUUUUAUUCUAUUUUUAAACAAAGAAAACAAUCUGAAGUUGUCUUUAUUUUUAAGUUAUUGUGCUGUGAAUUUACCAGUCCGGCCCACUUAGGAGUAGAUUUUUUCUCCAAGUGGCCCCGAACUAAAAUGAGUUUGACACCCCUGGCGUAGAUCUACUACCGAGGCAAACAUGAAUCAACUGAAGGACUGAAAUAUUUGAAUCACCCGAGGCUUGAAGAUCACGCAGCUGUUGCAAUCAUUUCAACCCAGUUCAGGAUUUAAAUGAGUUUUUCUCCUUUAAAAAUAAUGAAAAUUCAUUCUAGCAAUCAGACAUAUUUUAAAUACCACCCAGGUAGUGUUUCAUAUGUGUAAUGUAAAGCUGAUAUACAAACCACGUAACCGACAUUAUCAAUGAUCAAUACUGCUUUCAAAGAUCAUUUUAACUUCUCCAGUUUUAUUGUCUAAAUUACCACAGUGGAACCUGUUUAAGUCCAAACAGUUAAAGGGGAACAUUAUCACAAUUUCAGAAGGGUUAAAACCAAUAAAAAUCAGUUCCCAGUGGCUUAUUUUAUUUUUGGAAGUUUUUUUCAAAAUUUUACCCAUCCCAGAAUAUCCCUAAAAAAGCUUUAAAGUGCCUGAUUUUCGCUAUCUGUGAAGCCAUCGUCCAUUUUCCUGUGACGUCAUCCAGUGAUGCCAAUACGGAAAGCACAGCAAGAUAUAGCGACAUUAGCUCGGAUUCAGACUCGGAUUUCAGCGGUUUAAGCAAUUCAACAGAUUACGCAUGUAUUGAAACGGAUGGUUGGAGUAUGGAGGCAGAUAGCGAAAAUGAAAUUGAAGAAGAAAACUGAAGCUAUUGAGCGAAUAGCUAUUGACGCUAUUCGGCCAUGUUUGCCUUAGCAUCGCCGGUAAAAUGUGCAGACCAACGAUCGGAAGUUUCGCAUCUUGUGACACUGGAUCAACUUAAAUCCAUCGAUUGGUAAGUGUUUGUUUGGCAUUAAAGGUGGGUGGAGGGAAACGCUGGAUGUAUAUAUAGUUUCAAAUGUAGAUACAGCUAGCCUAAAUAGCAAAUAUGUCUGAUUAGCACAUAAGUCAACAACAUCAACAAAACUCACCUUCGGGAUUUAGUUGACUUUAUCGUUGGAAAUACAUCUGCAGGUUAUCCAUACAUCUCUGUGCCAUGUCUGCCUUAGCACCGCCGGUAAAAUGUGCAGACACUCUGGCACAUUCAAUGGGGGUCUGGCGGCAUAUUUCUUUGACUUUAUCGUUGGAAAUGCAUCUGCUUUGAGUGUUGCAGGAUAUCCACACAAUCUUGCCAUCUCUGUAGUAGCAUAGCUUUCGUCGGUAAAGUGUGCGGAACAAACGACUGACCAUUUCGUCGGCUUUCCCCAUACCCUCGUAUUUUGAACAAAUUUCGUCCAAUUUCUUGCCACUUUUCGCAUCUUUGGGCCAGUGGUGAACUUGAAUCCCUCCCUGUUAGUGUUGUUACACCCUCCGACAACACACCGACGAGGCAUGAUGUCUCCAAGGUUACAGAAAAUAGUGGAAAAAACGGAAAAUAACAGAGCUGAAACGCGGUGUUUGUAACGUGUUUGAGAAAAUGGCGGCUUUAUUACCUAGGUGACAUCACGUUCUGACGUCAUCGCUCCAAGAGCGAUAAAUAGAAAGGCGUUUAAUUCAUUUAGAGUUCGGAAAUCGGUUAAAAAAAUAUAUGGUCUUUUUUUCUGCAACAUCAAGGUACAUAUUGAUGCUUACAUAGGUCUAGUGAUAAUGUUCCCCUUUAAGUCUAAAAUCUGGAGUAUGCUCCUGUCUGAUCACUAAACUGUCCGCUACAACACCGUCUUUUCUGGUUAAACUUUUGCUGCGUUGAAAUCUCUGCCCCAAUCGCUAGGGGGUUUUCCUGAGAGUGAGAAACCACAACUUUUGAGUAUUUUGCAUCCUGUGUCUUGGUGAACAAGUAACUGAAACAACGUUCGAUUUGAAAAUGCUGCUUUCUCCAGAAGGUAAACUGGAAAGGUUACGGACUGUCCGGAAAUUAUGAAUUCAAAAAGCCGACCGAUCACAGCUCUGCGGUGCGCAUCGCUAAUUGACGCAAGGAUGUAUUUUUGCAGGUGUACGUCACACACAAAAAGGGGGAAGAUCAAACCGGCGCCAUGAUCCUGUAGCACAGGGGUCCCCCAAACUACGGCGGGUGGUAUAGCUCAGUUGGUAGAGUGGCCGUGCCAGCAACUUGAGGGUUGCAGGUUCGAUCCCCGCUUCCGCCAUCCUAGUCACUGCCGUUGUGUCCUUGGGCAAGACACUUUACCCACCUGCUCCCAGUGCCACCCACACUGCUUUAAAUGUAAAAAUUAGAUAUUGGGUUUCACUAUGUAAAGCGCUUUCAGUCACUACAGAAAAAGCACUUUAUAAAUAUAUUUCACUUCACUUCACACUAGUAUCCUUAAUUCUGAGUAAAAAAAAAAAAACUAUUCUGUCCUUUCUAGCCCAUCUAUCAAUCCAUGUUCUACAGGUUGUUA